AUGGCAAGAAAACGUAAACCAAUUGAAGAGUUCAAUGUUGCAAUUCGUGAUAGAGUACGAAGAGAGUACUUGAAUAAGGGUCCUUGCCAACCAAUUGGACAUAAGUAUCGUAACAAGAAAUAUGGUAUUCAAGAAAGUAGUUUUCAAGAUGUUUGGUUUAAAAAGUAUACAUGGUUAGAGUAUAGUGUAUCAAAUGAUGCAGCUUUUUGCUUUUGGUGCUACCUUUUCAAGAAGUCAGAUAAAGGAAGUCGGCAAUCAGAUGAUGCUUUUACAAAGACAGGUUGUAGCAACUGGAAAAAUGCAUUAGAAAGAUUCAAUUUUCAUGUUGGGGCUGUGAAUAGUUGUCACAAUAAUGCUAGAAUUCAGCUUGAAGCUUUUCAAGAUCAAAGGAACAGUGUGGCAAGUAUAUUACGGUCAAAUACCCGUGAGAAGGAAGUUGCAUAUCGUGUUCGGUUGACAACUUCAUUGAAUGUGACUCGGUUUCUCUUAAAGCAGGGAUUAUCUUUUCGUGGACAUGAUGAGUCAAGUGAUUCUUCAAAUCGAGGUAAUUUCCUUGAGUUACUUGUAUGGUUUAGUCUGCUUAACGAUGAUGUUUCCAAAACUUUGGGUAUAAAUGCUCCUGGUAACAAUCAAAUGUAUUCUCCUAGUAUUCAAAAGGAUUUAGCAAAUGCUUGUGCUUCAGAGGUCACACUUGCCAUAGUUAAUGAUAUUGGAGAUAAAGUUUUCACUCUUUUGGUUGAUGAGGCUCGAGACGUUUCAUUGAAGGAGUAG